UUAUCAGUGCCGCUGGUGAUUUUUCCAAUAAAAAGUCAAAACAAAAAGAUUUAUUUUUUAAGUUUUUCUUUAGUUAAGUUUUAUAAUGAAUCGAAUUCAAACAUUAUUUAGAACAGGAAAAUCCCAUCUACCUUAUUUAGUAGCAACAUCAUCCGCUCGUCUCUCAACAUCCAUCAAAUUACAAUGCGAAGAACGUAAAGCCAAAGAAGCAGCUAAAAACCAGGAUCUAUCCCGUGGAGAACCGACAAUUUUUGAUAAAAUCAUUUCCAAAGAAAUACCAGCUAAGAUAUUUUAUGAAGACGAGAAAUGUCUAGCAUUUCAUGAUGUCGCACCUCAAGCUCCAGUGCAUUUUCUAGUGAUUCCUAAGUAUAGAAUACCAAUGUUGGAAAGUAGCACCGAGGAUGAUACCCAGAUGUUAGGCCACUUGAUGCGUGUAGCUGGACAAUUGGGCAAAGAAAGUGCUCCUCAGGGCUUCCGAAUGGUGGUGAAUAAUGGAGAACAUGGUUGUCAGAGUGUUUAUCAUUUGCAUUUACAUGUUUUGGGAGGUAGACAAUUGAAAUGGCCACCAGGAUAGCGUGUGGAAUACAUUUUUAGAGGAUUCAUAAUUGUAGCAAAGAUUAAGUGAAAAUAAAUGAUUGUGCCUAUUUCAGUUGUUACAAAUUGUAAA